AGAAACGAUGGCGCGCUAUUUCUCAGAAAGCGCUGGCAGUCCAAAGGAGAAACGGUAUCAUACCCAGUGGAAUAACUCCAACCUAAUUCGAAACCUACGGCAAGCCUUAACAGCCAGUGAUAGCUGCCAUUUACAAAAGAGCUCCGGACCAACGUCCGAAGUUUGGCACUUUGAAUCGGGCCAUUUGGCCCAUCUUUCCGUACAUUUGCAAGUGGCCUCAGCCACGAAGCCGCGAUCGAUGCUAUCAUCAUUUCCGAGGAGAGAGAGAGGCACAAUAGUGAUCGGUUUUAAUUUCCUUUGCCUUUCGGUCGCGCCGGCACUGCGGAGUUUUCUCAUUCCGAAGCUUUACAGCGAGCAGUCGUACACACGAGUUCGUGCCGUGGAGCUGUGAUUCAAGCACUUUCGUGUCCAGCAAUUUGAUACCAGUCACGUACGGAAUACAUUUUGAAAGAAUGCAAGAGGCUACAGACAGGAAUACUCGCACGUGCAAGAAAAGGCGUGUGCAAGUAAUAAGAUUGCGUUUAUCUAUGAUAAAACAAAAUUGUUCCGACAUUAUACGCAAUUGAUGUAAUAUUUCUGAUAUUACGAAGUACAUAUCGCUUAUGUAUUAAGAAUUCUGAUAUUUAAAAGAAAU